UUAUUAUGAUUGACAAGGUCACGGGAUACGGUCAUGGAAACGUCCUAUUUAGGUUAGUUACUAUAUCGUACGGCAGUCUGCAUGCAAACUUCAUUUCCACCUUAAAAUCUAAGGAUGAACUCAUUUGAAUAUCAAAGUCAAGUUAUCCGUAAAUAGUUACCGCGUCUUAGUCGUAAACUAAGACUGACAUCGUAUCUGGUUCGUCUUAAAGGUUUAUAGCAUAACAGAGGAGAGGGACUUUUUCAAAGGAAAACAUCAACGACAAACCUCCAGUGAAGCCGUUUCUAAGAUCCCAAGUACUCUUGUGUUUCACUUGUAGACGAACUCAAAAAUAAGGAAACUUCACAAUCGAUAUCCAAAUCAGUCCUCUAAGCUGCAGUUCGACUACAACACUUUUGGCAUACUUAUGGCGGCUAUUCAAACUUUUCUUCGACUGCGCAAGCUUCAAAGACUUGGAAAGUUUCUCCUCCUGGUCACGGUCCUGUUAGCCUGUUUUAUUUGGCGCUAUGCGUUGAACCUUAAGCUUUCUCAGAAACAGAUGCCGACAAAUGAUAAGAUGGAAGUGGUAAACUACAACUUAACGAUUGCAGACCACACAGCGAAUGCCACUUCCCCUACAAAACCAACUUUUAGCGCACUGGAUGUUUACAUCUGGCGAGGGUUGUGUGGUCCAGACAUCUCGAACUUACGGAAAUCGUUAUUUUUUCCUCGUUACCCCGAUGAAAACUUCAGGAGCGUUAUUACCAAGUUCCAGAUUGAAGAUCACGGGAUAGAUUAUGGUCAGCUUAUUUUUGGCUUCGUUCACCCACCAAUCACCAUGCCAUACCGUUUUGCUAUAGUCUCGGAUGAUGCGUCAGAGUUAUGGCUUAGUUCAAGUGAAGAUCCAAACCAAAAACAGUUGAUUGCUAGAGUCUUCAAAGACGGUGUAGCCGCGUGGGCCAAGCUAAAUCAGUUGCAUAAAUAUCCUGACCAAAUCUCGAAAGAUAUAAAGCUUCAUCAAGGCAGUAAAUAUUACAUCGAAGUUCUUCAUAAACAAGGCACUGGGGAUGGCUUUGUUCAAGUUUUUUGGAAGAGUUUGCAACACAAGGACUUCAAACUGAUCAGUUCGGAGCACGUAUCACCAUAUUCUGACGAAAACGUGGUUACAACGAAGAACAAAGAUGUUUUGCAUAGCGUAUUGUCGGAUCGUUAUCGUGUAGAACUGGAGCUAAAAUCUAAAAGAAUAAGCGAGGAUUACUUAAAAUUUUAUUCCCUCCCUUUGAUUCCCAAAGAUAGUUACCUUCCCUCGUGUGAUUACCAAAGCAGUUUUGUGUUAAGUCGUACAGUUUAUCGAUACGAAGGAGUCAAUCAUGUUUCUGUAUCCUUGGUUUAUCCAGAAGACAAUACUACCAUGGGCUUGAUGGUAGACUAUCAAAAUUUUCCUAACCGAGUUGCAGGCUGGGAUAUAAUCCAAGCGGUUGUCAACAAGAUAACUACUUCGCUGAGACUUAAAACCUCCAAGAAGUACUUUGUAAGGAGGAUCCACAACAUUUUGCAGAAGGCAGACCCAGUUUAUGGUGAUCGUUACUCAGUGGAUCUGGAACUCGGUUUAAAUGGCAGCAGUCAAUCAUUUCGCCUGUCAGAGAACGUCUUUGACAAAAAGCUUAGCCAUGGCUUGUGUUUCCCUAAAGGCAUGGACUGGAACUUCAACGUCACAGUGUACUUCAUUCUCCCUGUCAAAGAUCAAGCAAUAUGGGUUUAUCAUUUUAUCAAUGAGCUCACAGUUGCCAGCUUAUUGACUGGUGAUAAGAACUUCCACGUCAUUGUUGUUGACUUUGAAAGCCAAGAUAUCAACCUAGAGAAGGCGUUUGGCACUUCUCUUCUUCGCACUCGACACACUAUUAUUACGCUGCAAGGCAAAUUUUAUAAGACGUUAGCGUUGAACAAGGAUGUUGAGCGUGUUCCAAGUGAGCAUGAUAUUUUGUUUCUAUUUGAUCUUCAUAUCGAUGUGCCUGUUGACAUUAUGCACAGUGUAAGGAAGAGUACAAUCGAAGGUCGACUUGUGUACAUGCCUAUUGUCGGACGCCUGAAUUGUGGCAGCACAUACGUCGAUCAUCAAGGCUACUGGGAAACCGCUGGUUAUGGUCUUCUUAGCGUUUAUAAAUCAGACUGGAUAAGGUUUGGAGGAAUGAACACUGUGGACUACAAAUAUCAGUGGGGAGGGGAGGACUGGGAUCUACUGGACCGUGUUCUCAAUGCGAAGUUAGAAGUUGAAAGAAUCAAGCACCCAGGCCUUUAUCAUCACUAUCACUCUAAACAAAUGUCUUGGAAUUAGGUGCUGCGAAAUAAUGUUUUUCAGUCGGUUUAAACCAGCUUUGAAGUCAGUCUAUUUAUUAUCUACUCGAUUCACUACGCUACGAAAAAGAAAAAGAUAAAAACGGUCAACUGUGAUACUGCAAUAACGUUUUUAUUUUUCCCUCGAUACAAACACAAACAUUAUCAUAUUUAUAACAUCUAUGAUAUAAUUAUAAUGUAUAUUUCAAAGGAGAUCACCGUUGUAAUCUUGUCAGUUUUAUUGAGACUGGAAGAUAAAUGAACCGCUCGGUUUUCCAGUUAGCCUCCAGCCUUGUUAUGUCUAAUUGUAGGACAAGAGAGAUGAAGGAAUAAUUUAAGGUUUACAGUUUAGUUUAAGGGCCCAUUAACCGAUUUAUGCGCGUGCUCGCGCGCGUUGCUAAGGAGGUGAGAUUUCACUUCC